AUGCUCCUGCUGCUCACCCUCCCCCUCCUCCCCACAGCUCCCUUCCAUCUCCUCCUCCUUCCCUCCCCUCCUUCAUCCUUUGCUAUGGCCAUCGCCCCCCGUCCUCGUCGACUUCCAUCUGCCUCCUGCGCUAACGUCAAGCUCGCAGCUUCUUCGACGGCACGUCUUUUCCUCGCUCUCUCCUCUAGACGCCAAGAGGACGCGGGCAAUGCUGGCAAGACUGGAGGGAGCAACUUGACCCAGCAGUCGAAUCAUGAUCCGAAGUACAACCCCAAUGCAAACAUCGUACAAUUGAUGUUGAGGAUGAGUGAAAAGAUGUAUCCUGAAAGAAAAAAUUAUUGA